CUCCCUCCCGUAGCGGCUAGGCUAUAAAACCCUGACCGGCAUGAUCGUGACACCCCCCGCCGCCUCCUUGGUGCGCGACCCCGGGCUUGGUGGCUUCUUUGCUCUCGCGCACCAUGCGGCUGCUGCUUGGUCUCCUGGCCCUUGCCAUUGCCGGGUCCUUGGCUUACGCAGAGUCACAUUGGUGCUACGAGGCUCAAGUCACGGUCUCUUCCAGCUGCAUUGUGCCAGAUCAGUGGGGUGGAGACUGCCAGAAGAACCACCAGUCCCCUGUCAACAUUGUCACCAAAAAGGCGAAGGUGGACCACAACCUGGGACACUUUUCCUUUCCUGGCUAUGAUAUGAAGCAAAAGUGGACGGCCGAAAACAAUGGGCACACAGUGAUGGUGUCGCUGGGGAAUGGGCCCAGGAUUUCUGGAGGAGGCCUGACUUCACAGUACCGGGCCACACAGUUUCACCUGCACUGGUCCAAGGAGCUAGACAGGGGCUCAGAGCACAGCCUGGACGGGGAGCACUUUGCCAUGGAGAUGCACAUAGUACAUGAGAAAGAGAAGAGGACAAGGAGCAAUGAGAAGGACAACCAGGACCCUAAAGACGAGAUUGCAGUGCUGGCCUUCCUGGUGCAGGAGGGAGACAAUGUAAACCAAGGUUUCCAGCCCCUGGUGGAGGCACUGUCCCAAAUCCCCAGGCCUGAGAUGAGCACCACCAUGAGGGAGAGCAGCCUGCUGGAACUGCUGCCCAAGGAGGAGAAGCUGAGGAGCUACUUCCGCUACCUGGGCUCGCUCACCACGCCCAACUGCACAGAGUCGGUGGUCUGGACUGUGUUCGAGGAGCCCAUCCAGCUCCACAAGGACCAGAUCCUGGCAUUCUCCCAGAAGUUGUACUACAACAAGCAGCAGACACUGGAGAUGAAAGACAACAUCAGACCACCUCAGCGUCUGGGAGAUCGAGAGGUGUCCAGGUCCCGGGCUCCAGGACAGCUGCUGCCCUUGCCCCUGCCCACCCUGCUGCUUCCCACAUUGACCUGCCUGAUGGCUGGCUUCCUCCGGUAAUGGCUUGGUUCUGCACUUGUGACCCCGACCUCAACCUUUAGAGGACUUGACUUCCGUUCCUUAGGCUUCCCAGACUGGACUAUGGAGGUGACUUAAAAUAUGGAUAUAUUUUUGGAGAAUCCUUUCUCAAGUCUGUUUGUAGCUCCAUCCAAUGACAUGAUCCCACCUGUUUCUAGGCAGGGCCCUGAAGACCUAGAGAUUUCUUCCAAAUAGGUACCACCAGUUGCCCCCAUCCCCUGCCUCUGAAAUCCCUGUCUACAUGCCGCCUGCUUCUAUUCUGGCCUUGGAGAGAUGCCGCAGGCACUGUGAGCCCCAACGCAGUGAAAGCUGGAGGAGAAUCAGCCCGAUCUGUCCGUCGUACAUUUGGAGGAGUGGAGACUCAGAAAGGAAAGGCUGGAUGGGGGCCACAAAUCAAGGCCAGGCCAGAGCUGCCUGAGGCACCUGCCCAGUACUUUUUCCAGUGUCCCAGGUAGAGAGCGGGGUGGUGGGUGGUGCAAUGUAGGUGGGGUGGGUCACAGGGACUUCAUUUGUUUGCUCAAAUAUUUCUUGAGCAUCUAUGUUCUAGGCACUGGGGAUAUGGUAGGGAAUAAAACAGACGAAAAUACCUGCCCUCCAGAAGUUCACAGUCCAGUGGAGGGAGAGACUAUAAAUAAAACAGACACGUUGCCUAGGACAUCUGAAGGCAGUGAGUUCUGCAGAGAAGGGCGCAUCAGGGAAGGGCAGGUGUGGCUUACGAGGUGUGGGGGAAGGGGCAUCAGGAAGAUGGGAGGGAGGCCAGGGAAGGAGGCCAUCUGGAGGCAGCCAGUG